ACUCGACUCGUCGUCGACGGUGACUCGCGUGUCGUCCCGCGCCAGUCCGCCACCGACCUCGCGAUCGUCCACGUCGUCGUCAUCGUCGUCGUCGUCGUCGCCGCCCGUCGUCGUGUCGUGUUGUCGCUGGUAGUGGUGGUGAUGGAUGAGUGAUCAGUGCACGCGUGAGAAAGAGAGAGAGAGAGAGAGAGAGAGAGAGAAAGAUAGCCGGAAACCGCGCACGCACGCAACGCAUAGUAACAGUCGUUGAUUCGAGGGUGAUCCAGGUGAGCCUGUGAUCGAUCGAUCGAUCGUUAGUCCGGUAAUCCGGGCUGAUCGAGGCGCGCGAGAUCGCGUCACGUUGUUUUCCCAACAAGAGUGGUCUUCGGGGGGUUGUUGCUCGAAUGACAUUGGGGUGCGAUCGGGAUACCUUUGCGGCGCGUGGUGCACGCUGCUGAUCAAGGAAAAAGAAGAAGAGGAAAAGUCAGGACCGUUCUCCCAAGACACCGGGCAUCCCGGAAGGACCGUACGUAGGAGACGCGGGGAGGAUUCGCGGUGAUUUGUCAAAUUCGCAGGCAGACGCGUCAUAUGAAUAUGUCGUCUCUACGAACGCAGUCGACCGUUGGCGGUGGCGUUCUCGGUUUGAGCAGUGUCGGUUCCGAUCGUACGGGUGCAACUUCGAUUGCCGCCGGUUCCCAUUCGCAUUCCCACUCGCACAGGAAGCACCAUCAUCAUCACAGAAGCAGAAGCGCGCCCCGGGCGCCGGAGAAACCGCCCAGAAAGCGUCACCUAAAUCCCGGACAGAGUCUCGCCUCCAUUCCCAGUCAGAUCAAGUUGUCUAUGCUGAACAGCGGCCUCAUCUCCUUCGCGGAAGAAUUGGGAAGCAGUAAAUUGAGCACCACAUUGCCCACAGCGCCGACUGAGCUCUCGCAAUUUCCGAAACUCUGCGAGUUGCGCCGAAAAUUCCCGGUUCUGUACCGAGUCGAGUUUCAGACAGCGACGAAAGUGGAAACGCAUUCGUGCAGACACGCCACAAAGCCCGCGAACAAGGAAAAAAAUCAGAAUCAAAAGUGUAUUCCGUACGACUAUAAUAGGGUAGUAUUGGAGACGAUAGAGGGCGAGCCUGAUUCCGAUUACGUUAAUGCAUCCUAUGUAGAUAGUAUACUGAAACCAAAUGCUUACAUCGUCACUCAGGGACCCAUAGAGAACACUGUGACGGAAUUCUGGCGGAUGGUCUGGCAGGAGCAGGCUUCCUGCAUCGUUAUGUUGACGAAGACCUUUGACUUCAUCAAGGUAAUGUGCGUGCAAUAUUGGCCCGCGAGUAAGGACAAAGACGAAGAAUACGGCGGUAUCGGUGUUUCUGUGCUAAAAGAGGAGGAACUCGCCAAUUUUCACAUAAGGACGAUAAAGCUCUACAAGAAGAAUGAGAACGACGAAAUUACGGAAGAAAGGACGUUGUUGCAGUUUCACUACACAGAGUGGCACUCGCAUACGUGUCCCUUCGGUAACGCAGUGCUGGAAUUUAGACGGCGCGUCCGGGCUGUCGUGGGAUCAACCAUAAAGAAUGAAUCCGGACCUAUGGUCGUUCACUGCAACGACGGUGGCGGACGAUCGGGGGUAUAUUUAGCGAUCGACGCGAAUAUGGAGCUGGCCGAAGAAGAGGACGCGUUCGAUGUGUUUGGUUACUUGAAGAAAUUAAGGCAGAGCAGGAGAGGACUCAUAGAAAAUUUGGAACAGUACAAAUUCAUUUACGAUACGCUCGAGGAAUUCGUCGUGUGCGGUGCAUCGUGGUUUCCCGUGGCAGAACUGUCGCAGCGCUUGAAGCAGAAAAGCAUAAAGAACCCCAUAACCAAGAUGAACGAGUAUCAACGAGAGUACCAGCAGAUUUGCAAACAGACGCCGCGCUUCACGAUCGGCGAUUGCGCCGGUGGGCACAGGGCCGAUAACAGAGAAAAAAACAGAGAUGUCCUAGUAGUUCCACCGGACAAUUUUCGGCCGUAUCUGACCAGCUUUCAGGGCAACAGUUUCACGGAUUAUAUAAAUGCCGUCUUUGUGGAUGGCUACACGAAACCGAGAGAAUAUAUCGUAACGGAAUGGCCCCUUCGACACACGUGCGGCGAAUUUUGGUCUUUGGUUUACGACUAUGAGUGCGCGGCGGUAGUGGUGCUAUGCGUACCGCCUCAGGGAUCCACAAAUUAUCCCAGCUUUUGGCCAGAAGGGAGGCACUCUAAGAAAUACGGGCCCGUGUUUACGAUCGACCACAUCAGCCACAAUCAUUACACUAACAUAAAAACCUGGGUUUUUAGGAUAAACAAGAAGAUCGUCUCAUUGACGGAACUCAUGGCGGGGGUGAAAGCGCCGCCGAAGACCGUGCAAUUGUUCCAAUUGACCUGUUGGCCAAUGGGCCACAAAGUACCCACCUCCACAAAUAGUUUAGUGGAGCUCAUGAAUAUGGUCGAGAGAUGGAGGCAACGAACGGACUACGGACCGGUGGCUGUGGUAUCGCCCGAUGGUAGAAGCCGUUGCGGUGUCUAUUGUGCGGCCAAUGCGUGCAUAGAACAGGUCAUUCAGCACGGGGAGGUUGACAUUUUCCAGGCUGUCAAAACUGUGCGCAGGCAUAGGCCUCAACUUGUGGAAAAUAUGACGGAAUACAAGUAUUGUUACGACCUGGUCCUGCACUACGUGCUGCACUAUUUAAACAAAGAUAUGAACGAGAAGAAGUGAGAAAGCGAGUUGAGGGACGAGCUAUGGUUCAUCGAAUUCGGUCGGGGCGCAGCGCUGCCGCUGACCCC